AUGUCGGCUGAUAGUAAUAGUGGUAAUAAAUCUUUUUGGCCUGUAAAAACAGCAUUAAAAGAAAAAAUCAUUGUACUCUACGAUGCUUUAUUAAGUGGUGAUCAACCAUGGCUUGAUAAUGGUCAUUAUUGGGAUGAUUUUUUUCUUUUAAAAGUUAAUUCCAAAUAUUUAUUAGAAGAACUUGAACGAACUUAUAUUGACAAACCUGCUGUACUCAAACCUCAAUUGAAUACUGUUUUUGAUCAAUGUCUUAUUUUUGUCAAUUCAACACAUCGUAUUCGACAAUUAAAUGCUUAUUAUACUAUCUGUGUUUUAAUAUAUGCAAUAAGUCGAGUUAAUCAACGAACUGGUUUUGGUUAUCCAGCAUUAGAUUUUCUUUGUGGUAGUGAAGGAGUUGACAAUAAAUUUGAAACUUUAAUUGAAUCAGUUAAUCAUACAUUUCUUAUUGAUGAAAGUUUUUCUGGUAGUACUCUUUUAAAAAAUGCUGCAUUUGAUGUUAUUUUAACAUGUUGUACAACAAUGUUAAAUAUAAAUGAAAAUAUGCUUAUGGAUUAUAUGAUGGCAAAUGUAAAUCUUUUUGAUUCAAUUACACAAUUAUUAAUACGUUUUCCAGCAAGUCAUGGCUAUGAUGUUUGCCUCUUACUUGCACUUCUUUUACAAUAUCAUAAAUAUGAUACAUCAAAUACAUAUAUUAUAAGAUUUUCUGUAUUUGAUGAUGAAGUUGCUUUAACUAGUUUGGCACAAGUUAUUGGUUCAUCUCUAAAUGAAUAUAAUAAAGCUUAUGAUAUUGAACGAACGGCAAAUGAAUCAUCAUCAUGGUGGAAUUCUUUAACAACGUUUAACUAUGUCCAGUAAGAUUGGCACAUCCUCAAGGGUGUUGUUGAGUUUCAUGAAAACGGCACAUCAUUUAAAUGUUGAACGUCUGCCAGUGGAUGGAUCAGUCAUCUAUCUUAUACUAUUGGAAUAACACUUAUCUUGAUGCUGCUCGAAACU